GCUGUCAUCCUCACCCCCUGACCCGCCCAGGGAUGGCUCAGUAUAAAUACAGCCACGUCUCCAAGCAGGCAGGGACCAGCAGCUCUCCUCCACUGGGGAUCAGCACAAUGAAGCUCUUCACAGGCCUCAUUCUCUGCUCCUUGGUGCUGGGAGCCCACGGCCUGCUUUCCUUCCUUGGUGAGGCUUUUGAAGGGGCUAAAGACAUGUGGAGAGCCUACUCUGACAUGAGAGAAGCCAACUACAAAGGUGCAGACAAGUAUUUCCACGCCCGUGGAAACUAUGACGCUGCCCGAAGGGGACCGGGGGGUGCCUGGGCUGCUAAAGUGAUCAGAAGAAUUGAGCAAGACAGACAUCACCGAUGCACACUGGAUUUAAGACCUCUCUUCCCACUAACACCAAAGCCAGGAGAGAUACCAACUGCUGAAUUUCAGCUGGAGAAAGGACACAGCACAAUGAAGCUUUUCAUAGGCAUUCUUUUCUGUACCUUGAUCAUGGGAGUCACCGGUGAAGGCUGGUAUUCAUUCUUCAAGGAGGCUGUGCAAGGGGCUUCGGAUUUGUGGAGAGCCUACUGGGACAUGAGAGAAGCUAAUUACCAAAAUUCAGGCAGAUACUUCCGCGCUCGAGGGAACUAUGAGGCUGCUCAAAGGGGCCCCGGGGGCGUCUGGGCUGCAAAAAUCAUCAGCAAUGUCGGGGAGUACCUUCAAGGAUUCUUACACCAGAUUUACCUUGCAAGAGACAGCAUUGGGUUGGAGGACCAGGUGUCCAACCGGAGAGCUGAGGAAUGGGGCCGGAGCGGCCAAGACCCAGAUCACUUCAGACCUGAAGGCCUACCGAAGAAAUACUGAGUCUUGUGCCCUCUGUUCUCGAGGGACUACGCUGUGAGCCACACAUCACUUCUCCAAAAACAGGGAGUGUGAUUGAGCUCUGUCAUCCCAGGAACUGAGACUUGUACUCAGAGCUGCCCAAUAAACGUUUGUGGAACUGAA